AUGCACACGAAACGUCUGCUCUGUUUGCUCGCGUUCUUUGCUGCUGCCGCCCAAAGUGGUCUCGGGAAAAGGAGAGGCGGGAACGUCGGCGCACUCUUUGCUGCAGGACUAGGAGGCAGUGCCCUUGGUCUCAGCUACGGCGUUCUUCUGGCCGGUCAGGGCCGAGGUCACCACGGAGACCAUCAUCAUAUCUACAACUACGGCCAAGGUGGAGGAGGAGGCGGGAACGAGGUUCAGAUCAUCACUGCUGGACCCUACAGCAACGGCUACGGCGGUUAUCUAGGGGGAUACGGAUACGGUGUACCAUACGCAGGAUAA